GCGUUUGCGACGGCGCACUUGGCUUGGCGCAAAAAUAGUAGUAGUGCGGUUGGGCCACGCCACGUUCACUGGCAGGGCGCGAGACACGUAUCUACGUACUGCUGGAUCGGGGAGCGCGAUGGCCGGGAGGGAGAGGGACCGGGAGAUGCUCCUCCCGGUGGUGGCCGGCGAGCAUGUCGCCGGCGACGAGGACGACUCGGAGCCGACCGCUCCCGUCAUCAUCGCCGGGCCGCCGCCGCCCACGACGUCAGCGCGCGUGCUCCACCUUCACCACCAUCCCACCGGCAUCGAGGCGUUUUCGAGAGUGAUACGGAGCUGGGCAUGGAAGAAGUUUAUGUCUGGAUGUGUCAUCCUGCUCCCGAUCGCCAUCACCUUCUACACGACAUGGUGGUUCAUCCGCUUCGUCGACGGCUUCUUCUCGCCCAUCUACGUCCAUCUCGGGAUACAUCUCUUCGGCCUCGGGUUUGUCACCUCCAUCAGCUUCAUCUUCCUCGUGGGCGUGUUCAUGUCGUCGUGGCUGGGCGCCUCCCUCCUCGGCCUCGGCGAGUUCUGCAUCAAGAGGAUGCCGCUGGUGCGCCACAUCUACUCGGCUUCCAAGCAGAUCAGCGCCGCAAUAUCGCCAGACCAGAGCUCAAGAGCCUUCAAGGAGGUGGUGAUCAUCCGGCACCCGAGGAUCGGCGAGUACGCGCUGGGCUUCAUCACGUCCACGGUGGCGCUGCGUGGCGCCGGCGUCCGCGGCGACCAGCAGGACCUUGCCUGCGUCUACGUGCCCACCAACAACCUCUACCUUGGGGACAUCUUCCUCAUGAGCCGCGCCGACGUCAUUAUCCCGGACCUCUCCGUCCGGGAGGCCAUCGAGAUUGUUCUUUCAGGUGGCAUGUCGGUACCAAAGAUCAUAUCGGCGGUGGAGGGGGCCGUUGGCCUCGGCGACCACGGCUUAGCAAUAAAGGAUUCCUAGCUCACACUUCUUCCAACUCCUUGACAGUUGACGCUUCCUUCUCAUCGUCACAAUCUUUGGGUUGCUCUGGGAGGUUCUGUUCAAGGUUCUCGAUGUCUUAGAUAGAUGGCAGGUUUAGACGUGUUCCAAUUUUCAUCAGCCAUACGAAAAUACAGUUUUAGUAACUAGCGAUCUUUUGUUGUAUAAAUUCUUUCCUGUGAGUUUUUGUAUGAACUGACAAAACAUUGUGUCCACAAAGUAAACAGCAUAAGUUUGCACUGAUACUCAUGAGAACAAGUAAAUGAAAAACAAAUCCAUGUUUGGUGCAUAAUUCAGCAA